AAGUUCUGCGUCAUACUCUUUACUUACAUCACUACGUACGCCCGAGCGUGAAGCGACUCAAAAGCGAUUUAAGAUAACUCAACUUUGCAAAAUAAUUCACAUUUUUCCCCCUUCUAAUUUUCGAUUAAAGUUUUUCAUUUAGAUUGAAUUGAAUGAUUGAGGAACCGACAUGAACUGAACUGGAAAACGAGGCAUUCUCUUUGAGACUCACGAAUGACACACGUAAACAUCAGAGAAGCGCCGAGAGAAGGAGCGGAACCAGUGACGGGGACGAACAUCGAUGUCGGACCUGCGCUAAUAACAAACCCGCUAGCCUCCAGCUGCUAACACCGGCGUAGUUACCGCGCCUGCUCUAGUCACAUAUCAUUAUCCGGGCUGUGGCCCAGAGCACAGUCGGAUGUUCACAUCUACCAAGUGAACAUGAAGGUCACUGCGGUGAAAACAGAUCACGCUCACGGCCAAUAUCGGCUCUAGUUGUUUGCUAGUGCUAACUGCACCGCAAUCAUGUUGUGUUAGCUGCUGUUAGCAUGCUAACGGCUAAGAUUCAAAACACCUUUUAAAUAUUUGAAAAAACUUUGUCUCUUUUAAGCUUUUGUCGUCCUCUUUAAAACCGAGACGCCUGACGAGACUAUCCGUCCUCAGGAUGAAGAUGUUCUCUGUGUCUCACAAGACGGUCUUUGUGGUGGACCACUGCCCAUACAUGUCUGAGUCCAGCCGCCAACAAGUGGAAUGCGAUGUUCUGACAAAAAGUCGUGCCCAAGGAGUCGUUCCCCUCGCCCCUGUGUCCAAAUCCUUGUGGACCUGUGCUGUUGAGUGCUCCAUGGAGUACUGUCGGAUCCUCUAUGACAUUUAUCCUGUUGAUAAACUGAUCAAUUACAUCGUCAGUGAUUCAGAGUACCACUCUCUGAACAGCUGGAGACGAGAGGACCAGAGCACACAUGAGCUGAUGUCAGCGUUGGCAGCAGUUGGACCACCGAACCCUCGCGAGGACCCUGAGUGCUGCAGCAUCCUGCAUGGGCUUGUGGCAGCGGUGGAGUCGCUAUGUCGGAUCACUGAGCUGCAGCACGAAAAGCGCAUUGCUCUUAUGGACACAGCUGAGCGGGUUUCUAACAGAGGACGGAUCAUCUGUCUGACCAACGCUAAGAGUGACACUCACGUCAGGUUACUGGAGGACUGCAUCCAGGAAACCAUCACGGAGCAGAACAAGCUAGCGGCCGGAUCAGACCGGUUAAUGUCCAUCCAGCAGUGUGAGCUGGUUCUGGUCCACAUCUUUCCUCAGGGCGAAGACACGUUGGUCUCGGACCGCCCAAAAAAAGAGAUCUCUCCCCUGCUCACCAGUGAGGUCCACAGCGUUCGUGCAGGGCGGCACCUGGCCAGCAAGCUGAACAUCCUGGUCCAGCAGCACUUUGACCUGACCUCCACCACCAUCACCAACAUCCCCAUGAAGCCGACAUUAAAUGUUUGUGAGCAGGAGGAGCAGCAUGCUAACACUUCAGCUAACUACGAUGUGGAGCUUCUCCAUCACAGAGACGCACACUUGGAGUUCUUUAAGAGCGGCGACUUGCACAUGGCAGGGACCAGCACUCGAGAGAACAGUCUGAAGGAGACCAUCACGCUGAAGUGGUGCACUCCCAGAUCCAACGUCAUCGAGCUUCACUACUGCACUGGAGCGUAUCGCAUCUCCCCCACUGAUGUCAACAGUCGGCCGUCGUCAUGUCUCACCAACUUCCUGCUCAACGGUCGCUCAGUUCUACUGGAGCAGCCGAGGAAGUCGGGCUCCAAAGUCAUCAGUCACAUGUUAAGCAGCCACGGCGGCGAGAUCUUCCUGCACGUACUCAACAGCAAUCGCUCCAUUCUGGAAGACCCGCCAUCCAUCAGCGAGGGCUGUGGCGGCCGUGUCACUGACUACCGCAUCACGGACUUUGGGGAGUUCAUGAGAGAGAACCGACUGACUCCUGUGUCAGAGAACUCCCAACAUCCUUCAGGAAAACUGCCAGCUCAGCGGGCCAGAGCUCAACUGGAGCGUCACACUCGAUACUGGCCCAUGAUCAUCUCGCAGACCACCAUCUUCAACAUGCAGGCUGUGGUACCAUUGGCAAACCUCAUCGUAAAAGAGACCCUGAGUGAAGAGGAUGUGCUGACUUGCCAGAAGACUGUGUACAAUCUGGUGGACAUGGAGCGCAAGAAUGACCCACUGCCCAUUUCCACUGUGGGCUCCAGAGGAAAAGGCCCCAAAAGAGACGAGCAGUACCGCAUCAUGUGGAAUGAACUGGAGACGCUGGUCAAAACUCAUUCUGGGUCCACGGAGCGGCACCAGCGUGUCUUGGACUGCAUCGCUGCCUGCCGCAGCAAGCCGCCUGAAGAGGAGGAGCGCAAGAAGCGUGGGAGAAAGAGGGAGGAGCGGGAGGAACGUGCUGAGAAGAAUGGCAACAAAGAUAUGGAGGAGAAGAGCUGGAAGGACUCUGAGAGGGUCAAAACCUUCAUGGACAAGGAAGAUCCAGAUUCCGAGGUGAUCAAAGACUCACCGGAUUCUCCCGAACCGCUCAACAAGAAACCUCGUCUGACCUCACAGGAAGUCCAGCCUCCCGAUAGGAUCAAAGGACCCGUCUCACUCCUCACCAUGUGGACAAACCGUCUCACUGCGGCCAACUCCAGGAAACACCAGGAAUUUUUGGGAAGAGCUAGUUCCGUCAACAACAAAUUUGAGUUGUAUCAACAUCUGAAAGAAGAGAACGGGUUGGACGUUCACGAGAACGGGAAAACUUCCAGAUGAUGUUCCCAUUUUUUGGUUUUUGUUUUGGACCGCCUUGUUUUUUUCCUUAAUGUUUUAAAGUUGUUUUUUUUUGUAAAUAGUGUGUAACCAAAUAAAUCACAUGACCU